AUGUUGGAGAGAUUAGCUUCUACUCGUGGAUUCUUGAAUGGCAAAGAGGACAUUCCUAGCCACUGGGCAGAUGUAGGAGAACUCAAGAUUCCAAGGUUUAAAUUUGAUUUUGGUUUCGAAGCCUCUGAAGCUCUCAAGGGUUUGGGUUUGGAGGUGCCAUCCACUAUCAUCCACAAAUCUUGCAUCGAAGUCGAUGAAGUGGGAUCGAAAGCUGCAGCGGCUGCUGUAAUAUUUGUUGGUUGUUGUGGUCCUGCGGAGAAGAGGAAAUAUACUCUACUUCAGGGGAAACAAGUAAAGGAUACCUCUACUAUAGCAAAUACAGUACUCCCAAAUAUAUACCAAAAGGCUAAGACUGUGAAAAGGACUUAAAAAGAAGCCAC